CGACGGCCCAGAGAGUGGGAGACACGGGGCAACAGCGGCGACAGGGAGAGACACUAACCAUGGUCCGGCUAAUAGUUUUAUCGGGAAUCCUGAUUCUGCUUUGUCAACAGAUGCUUGUGAUGGCUCACUUCCUGAGCAGACCCUACCCAGCUAACAACCUGGCUAAACUAAAGACUCUACUACAGCAGCUGGAGGACACCUUGGCACAGGUGGAAGGAGGGGGACCAGACUACGAGGAGCUGAGCCCAGAGGCUGACCCCGGCCAGGUGUCCCAGGGCUGGGCAGGGCAGCAGGAAAGUCCCAGGCCUCAGCCUGAAGAUGCAGGCCUGCCAGAGGAACCUGCCCAGAACGUGCAGACCAUCAAAGACCAGAGGAACCGGCUGCAGGACCUCCUCAUGGCCGCCCGGAGCAAGAGCUUCUCCGCCUGCUUCGGCGGCCGACUGGACCGGAUCGGAACCUCCAGUGGACUGGGCUGCAACACGAGCCGAGGUUGAGGACAUGGCCAUGCGGACUCUGGAUUCUGUUUAUACGAAAUCAACUUGAUCCAUAAACAACAACAACACACAUGGCACCAGUGUUGUGGUUCAGCUAUUUUUAUUUGUCUUAUUUCAUACUGUACUGGACUGUCCGUAUGGAGAAUGAGGGGUGGAAGUUGAUUCUUGUUUCCCCUGUUGUGUUUCUAGUCUUGUCGAAGCAUGUUUCUGUUGUAUGCCCACCCCUUUUCCUGACAAAUAAAAAUGGAAAACACUG